GUUGUUGUGGGUUUUUUGAAGGGGCUCGGGAGAAGAUGGGCAACUGGGGAUGGGGGAUUGGGAGGAGAAGGAUUGGGUUCGCCCCAUCAAAACCCUAGAGCCCUACAACGUCACCGCCGUCGUCGCGGGGAGCCGCAACUCCCUCGCCAUCUGCGACAACGGACAUCUCUUCACAUGGGGGUGGAACCAGAGAGGAACCCUCGGGCACCCCCCGGAGAGCAAGGCCGAGUGCGUCCCCAGCCUCGUCAGAUCCCUCGCCGACUCCAGCGUCAAGAUCGUUCAGGCAGCGAUUGGCGGGUGGCAUUGCCUCGCUGUAGACGACAAUGGGCGAGCUUAUGCGUGGGGUGGUAAUGAGUAUGGUCAGUGCGGAGAGGAACCUGAGAGGAAAGAAGACGGGAGCAAGGCUCUUAGGAGGGAUAUUCCGAUCCCCCAACGAUGUGCGCCGAGGCUUUCUGUUCGGCAGGUGGCUGCUGGAGGGACACACUCCGUGGUGCUGACUCAAGAUGGUCAUGUGUGGACAUGGGGCCAACCGUGGCCUCCUGGGGACAUUAAACAAAUAUGGGCGCCUGUGCGAGUUCAAGGCCUUGAAAGAGUGAGGCUGAUUGCUGUUGGUGCCUUUCACAAUUUGGCGCUGUUAGAGGAUGGAACUUUAUGGGCGUGGGGUAACAAUGAAUAUGGACAGCUAGGCACUGGCGACACUCAACCAAGGUCGCAGCCUAUUCCUGUUCAAGGGUUGUCUGGUCUUACCUUGGUUGAUAUUGCUGCGGGAGGUUGGCAUUCAACUGCAUUGACAGAUGAAGGAGAGGUAUAUGCUUGGGGAAGAGGAGAGCACGGGAGGCUCGGAUUCGGAGAUGAUAAGAGUAGUAAAAUGGUUCCUCAGAAGGUUCAACUCUUAGUUGGAGAAGACAUAGUUCAGGUAUCCUGUGGAGGCACUCAUUCCGUCGCAUGCACACGUGAUGGACGAAUGUUUUCUUUCGGGAGAGGAGAUCACGGCCGACUUGGAUACGGUAAAAGGGUAACCACCGGACACCCUAUGGAAGUGCCUAUAAACCUGCCUCCUCCGAAAGACCGCAGCGGCUCCCACGGACGGUGGUGCACGAAGCUCGUCGCGUGCGGCGGGCGGCACACCUUAGCAAUUGCCACCUGGAAAGAUGAACCAGAUCAAUCAAUUCCAACCUAAACCUAGAUGCUAGCUGGCUAAUGACAGUAUUGUUGGAUUAAAUAGUUGGUUGUUAGUAUUAUUAUUUAUAUUAUUUAAAAUAAAGGACUUAAACAGAGUCUGUCAUGUGGAAGGAACAGAUCCCUUGUAUGAUUGGAUGAGGAUAAGCAAUUUAUUACAAAGGUUUCAUUUAUGCUGUUUGUUCCCAAGCCA